AUGGCGCAAACAGCACCAGCGCCAAGAGGCCCUAUCAAGUCCGAGCGCAAUCGCGCAGCGGCAGCUUCGAGCUCCGGCCAGCACUCGACUUCUUCGACCAGCUCGGCGUUUCACAAGAAGCGUGCUCAGGGAAAGACAGCCUCUCACAGCAGUUUGAGCGCUCCUCGCGGUAGCCAGUCACGGCCGGAUGCAGGGGGGGCUUCUCAAGGCUCGCGCAAUGGCAAGCCUCCAAGGCUGUCCAGCGCUCGUUCGCCUGAUUCUAAGCCAAUGCAGGAGCAGCAAUCAAACGAUGACGACGACGACGAGGAAGAGGAUUCAGAAGAGGACGAAGAAGAGGAGGCUGACGUCCGCUCCAAGACGGCGCUUUCGCUUUCAGGCCACCAGCUCCCGCCUCUGGUCGCUCUAGUUGACACGCUCUCGCAGUUCCGCUACCUGCAACGCCUCGACCUCUCCUCGAUCGAGCCCUCGGAAGCAUCCGCAGACGGCCUUUCCACGCUCGCCUGGCUUGCCAAGGCCGUGUUUCGCAGCAAGGCAAAGCUCGAAGCCUCACAAAGCAAGGGUAAAGAGCGCGCUUUCGGUGACAACCUCACCUGGCUCAAUCUCUCUUCGAACCCUCAUCUCACCUCGGAAGCAUGCAUCGGCCUCGAGGCGCUCGAAGAGCUGUGUGUGCUCAACCUCUCGCACUGCGCUCUCAACGCCAUCCCAGUCUCCAUCUCGCCGUUGCACAACCUAAAGGCACUCGUACUCAACAACAAUGCCAUCUCCGCCCUGCCCAAGUCGUUCCCCCACCUGCCGGAGCUCAACUCGCUCAUCCUCUCGCACAACCAGCUCACGUCUCUGCCCGCCUCGCUCCCGGCAUCUCUGCCCGCGCUCAAGAAGCUCUCGCUGGGUCACAACAAGCUACGAGGCAGCGAGAGCCUUCCCGACUUUUCGCUGUGUCUGGCGCUGCGCGAAGUCCGUCUCAACGACAAUGUGGAGCUCAAGGCGUUGCCGAGCCACGUACGCAACUGGGGCAAGGGUGCUGACGGCAAGACAGCGCCAGGGCUCGAGCUGUUGGAGCUCAAGGACUGCGGCUUGGACACCUGGGAGUCGCUAUCGACACUCGCAGAGGCCGACGAAGAGAAGGAACAGCAGCCAAGGCUGCGCAGGAAGGGCUUGACGCAGCUGCUGCUCAAGGGCAAUGGCGUUUCGCAGCUGGACGACUACAAGGAGCGUAUCACGCACGUGCAUCCUACUCUGCGUGUCCUUGACAACGAGAGGCUACAGCCGAGAGCACGCCCUGCCGAUAUCGAUGAUGCCCCAAAUGACGUCAAGUCUGCCGAUCGAGGCGAUGACGGGCGCCAGAAGAAGGAGGGCAAGCGCAAGGAAAAGCGCGAAAAGGCACCCAAGAAGCAGACAAAAGCAGCGCAAAGGCAGGACGACGAUGGUUCGGACGACGAUGACGACGAGGCUGCGCGGAUGGCGGCCGAGAUGCGCGCCCUGCGCCGUGGCAAGCCCUCUGAGCCAAGAAGGAAGCCCUCAGAGUCUGAUGGCGAGUCAGACGACGAUGAGGCGGCGCAGAUGGCCGCUGAAAUGCGAGCUCUGCGCCGCGGCAAACCUGCUGUCGAGCCCGCCAAAGCGUCCAAGAUGAAGUCCAACGAGCGAACCAAACCCGAGGAAAAGACGAAGCUCGGCAAGGCGAAGUCCGGCAAGGACAUCUCUGCCAAGCGAUCCGACAAGUCUGGAUCCGGAGCAGCGGAUGCUGGUGAGGAAGUGGAGUCCAAGCCAAAGCAUAAGCGCGGCACGCGUGCGGGCAAGAAGGUUAAGAAGACCGAUUCAGCAUCCGCCUCUAUUGCUGCCACCACCGACAAGAAGGACAAGAAGGAGGCUCGCGGUGGAUUCUUCGAGACGGUCGAUGUCGAGGCGGAAAAGGCGCGGCUGGCACCGAUCUACGAGCUGAGCAAGAAGCGCGCCAAGAUUGCCACUGGUCGCACCGAGGUGGCCGAGGGCGUGCUCGAGGACGUCAAAGCGGCGCCGUCCAAGACGCAAGGUCGCACUGUGCUGGGCUCGUUCGACGACUCGACCCCCGCUGAUGUGCCCAGCAAGCGCAAGAAGAAGCAGGCAAGCAGUGGCAAGGACGACACACCAGCUGCACCCGUCAACACCAGCGUCGCGGCUAUCGUUGAUGUGCGCAAGAAGGACAGCAAGAAGCGCAAGGCCGGGCCAGAGGAUGCAGGUGCCAACAGCAAGAAGCAGAAAGCGGCAAUGCCGUUUGCUUCACCAGCGGCGGCAGUGGGUGAGACAGGUGGCAAGGCAAGCCAGUCCGACUCGUUUGGUGCAGGCGCCGACGCCUGGGGAGGCGCAGGCGCGUGGGCGUGA